AUGAAUGGCGUGGGCUACGUCAUGGAUUUGGGUCCUGCUUUUAAUAUUAGAGUGCCAGCUCUUCUUCCCCCUGGCUUUGCAUCUAGAGUGUCCCAGCCAUCUUCACCCCAGCCCAGCUGUCCAUCACCCCCCAUCCCUGCGGGGAAAGUCAUCUCUCCAUCUCAGAAGCAUUGAUGUGCGUUGCUUGUGCAGGCCCUGAAACAACAACAGCAGCAACAACAGCGCAAGAAGCAGCAGCGCAGGCCCGUCAUGCCGGUCCCUACCAGCCAGCACCUGCUAAUGAAAACCGUCAAGAGCACCAGCAACAUGGCAGCGGCCAAGCCGGCUCCGGCACACGCGUGGGCAGCAAAGUGCUCCGAGGUGCAGACUAGGACUAAUAAUCAGGUCUCUGCCCCGGCCUCCAACCUGGCAAGUAAAACCAACGAAUCGUUGCCCGGACUGGGAAAGAAAGGCUCGCAGAGGUCCAGCCGACUGCAGGACAGACACUUGAAAAGGACCAAAUGUGCCGAGAUUGAUGUAGAGACCCCGGACUCCAUCCUGGUGAACACCAACCUGCGUGCCCUCAUAAAUAAGCACACCUUCUCACUGCUGCCAGCGGAUUGCCAACAGAGACUCCUCAGGCUCUUACCCGAGGUGGACCGGCCGGCCGGUCCAGAUGGGCUUCUAAAGCUGAACAAUUCCGCUCUCAAUAAUGAAUUCUUCACCUCGGCAUCUCAGAGCUGGAAGGAGAGACUGGGGGAAGGGGAGUUCACGCCGGAGAUGCAGCUCCGAAUCCGCCAGGAAAUUGAGAAGGAGAAGAAGGUGGAGGCGUGGAAGGAGCAAUUUUAUGAGAGCUACUAUGGAGAGAAUUCUGGCCUGACUAUGGAGGAAUUGAGUGAUAUGACAGCAGAAGACAAUGACAUCAAAGGACAAAUAUUCCCAUCUGUAGAGCCCGCUGCGGCCGAACCUGAGAGAAAAGCGCCGGAGGAUCGUCUGACUGCGAAGGCUGAAAAAGACCAGGAGAGCCCCCUGAAAUCUCCCAUAUCCGAAGUCACAGAAGCCAUACCACAACCCCAACACACUGACACCAGCACCACCAUCAAUGCCGACUCCCUAGAAGACUCCAAGAUGGCCGAAGAAGACAAACCGGAAAGUUCCGCUGAGAAAAUGACCCAGACCACAAACACAUCCUGUGAUGAGUCUGGAGACACGGAGCCAACGAGCCAUACCUGUGUGACCCCCAGCAAACCAAAGAGCCCGUCCCCUGUACAAUUACCCGGAAGGCCUGCAAACACUGAGAUCCCGCGACAAGACUCGAAUGGAGCGGGGACUCCGGAGAAGUCACCGGAGAAGGUGGAGGCUGUUGUCACCAGCGGAGCCAAGAGACGGCUGGAUGUGGGGGAAAGCAGUGUGGCCAGUCCGGAGAAGAGUCCACGUUUGAUGGCACUUAACCCAACCCAGCAGCCAUUUCGUGCCUUAUGCAAGCCCCAUACAGAGACAGCGCAGCAGACCCCAGAGCAGAAAGUUCCACCUCUCAAGAUUCCCAAGGCAUGGAUCAACCAAAAGCCAUUUCUUGCCAGUCAGGUCUCUCACAGGGUCCCGUAUCCAGCCAGCGGCAACAGUCCAGGCAGGACCGGAGCCCGCACGCUGGCCGACAUCAAGGCCAGAGCCCAGCUGGCCCGAGCAAAGAGGGCAGCAGCUGCAGCUGCCCAUGGCGGCUCCGUCCCCGGGCCGGGCCCCGGGGGAGGAGCAGCGCCAGGAAGCGGUCCGGGAGGUGAAAUCGAUGAAAGCAGGAGGAGGAUACUGGACCUGGGAAGUACUGGAAGCGGGAGAAGUGAAAGGGGAACUUCAGCCCCUUCAGCAGCUAGCCAAAACCAAGGCGAAGUCACGGUUACAGGGCAGGCACCGGCUCACGGUGCAACAAGAGCACAGCUACUGCAAAAACCCUGUAUACAACCCCGAGUCCCAACUACUACAAGAUUCCUCCAGACCUCAGAACGUGACAUUUCCAUCGACAUCAAAAACCAAAACCUAUUAUCUGUAACAGCAGAUAGACCUAUGACGUUUCCUGGGACUUCAGGGGUGGGAACCCUGGACCGCCCUUUUGGACAUACUAAAGCCGAAAGCACAAAGGGAAUGUCGGCCGAUGGGUCAGAUCAGAAAACACUCGCCACAAAACCAUCUUCAGUUACGCAGCUGGCUUCAGCAGCUCUUCCUGUCCCGUUGACAUCGCACCCUGCUUCUGCAAAGUUGAUGACCUCUAUAACAGGGCAAGGCAAUGACAAGACAACGUCUCAGCAGUCCCCAGACAUCGGUGUGAAAUCCCAGCGGUUAGCCACCUCAAGUGUGCAGUUGACCAGGUCAAGCUCCACCAUUCCUGCCAAUAACCCUCUUGUAACUCAGCUGCUCCAAGGAAAGAACGUCCCUCUAGACCAGAUCUUGUCAAAACCGCUUACAAAAGUGGAAAUGAAGACCGCGCCAUUACCGUCAGCCGAUAAACCACCCAAUGCAGGCGUGGCGCAAGCCGCGGAGUCUUGUAGGAAGGAAGAUAUAGCGAAGACAUCUCAUACCGCCGCCGAACAGCUGGAGAGAUUCUUGUGGCACAAUCGGCAAAACCCAUCCGGCCAAAGAAUAUUGGAACUUUUUUCAGGAAAGAACCUGAGCAGCUCAAGCAACAGUUCAGUUCAAGGUUCUGUGGCCAGCAGUGCAACCCAGGAGGAAGUCUUACAGCUUCUGGUCAAGAAGGUUUGGCAGGAGAACUCGGCGAAUGCAUCAAGUCCACCUGAAAGUAACGACGGUGCCUCUCAGAAGGAGAAUAUCUCCCAUCGGUUCAUGCUUGGUUUUGUAGGGAGAGGAACCUCAAAACCGGCCAUGUCUGGUCACUACCUGCUCAACCUCUCAACAUACGGAAGAGCUCCAGAGCCUUUUAGAAGAACUCCUGUUGGUAGCAGCGAAGCCGAAACCGCUUUAAAUUAUCCCGAUCUCCUCGACAGUGAAACAGAUUCUGUUACGGAGAGCGAUGAGGAGGGCUCCGAGUCUGAAAAUGGCGCCGGCGAAUGUCCAACUUCAACUCUUCAAGUUGAGUCUGGUAACCAAGUCUCCUCGUUGAUGUCAGGAAAUCCCUGCAACGAAUAUACAAAAGCUGAAGAGUUUCAAACUCGCGGCGCGAAGGAGAAAGUUCAAAUCCUCACCAAAGGCAACAUCUGCCGUGAUGCAAACAUAGCCAGAGACUUGGCCAAAAUGGCCGAUGUUCUUGGCGUGCGGUUAAAACAGAGCACCUCGGACAUGUUUGGAAUGCAUGCAGCACCAGUUGGAGCCCAGCAUCACCAUCCAGAAAUGGUUCCAACGUCCAGGACCAAUGGAAACUCUGCUGGUCUUCUCGGAUCGAGCUACGGAGGUACCAUAAACAUUUCCAGUACCCCAGACGGCCUGCACAGAUCUUCCAAUCCCACCACUGGAGAAUUCGCUUCGUCCAACGCGGACAACAUUGUUUCUUUCUCUGUGACGGUGACAACCAUCCCUUCCGGUCACGGCGGCGUGAAUUCCGGUUGUCCCGAUCAGCCCAUUUCUGUCCAGGCUUACACAGGCGACAGCGCUAUGGAGUUGUCCCCCUCCAAAUGCUACUGUCGGCUGAAGGCCAUGAUCAUGUGCAAGGGCUGCGGCGCAUUCUGCCACGAUGAUUGCAUCGGCCCCUCCAAACUCUGCGUCUCUUGCUUGGUGGUCCGAUGACCUUCACAAAUGGGUCUGUUUAGCACUUGGCAGUCCUUUCCCAGAAUGGUUUA